AAAAGAGUGAUAUACAAAUUCGAUUUAUAGAAUUCGGUUAUCUAAGUUGACUCUAUCUUGAUCAAAAAAAGAAGAAGUUGACUCUAUCAUCGAGAUUUGAUUUAAUCCGUCUCCCAAACACACACAUAGAAUUUCCCAAACCCGAGAUUGAAUUUUUUUCUUUUCCUGGAGAUCGAUUCUUUUUACUUAGCAACCUAAAUUUUAUGAUUGCUCUCUCCUUCACCUUCUCGUAAUUUUAAUUUUUCCGAUCGGAUUAGUCCUCUUUUCGGUUUCCGGAUCUGUCAAUGGCGGAAGAUACAUCCCCCGGACUGUCGCCCCCGCCGUUUGUGGAGGUGUUUUGUGAAAUAUCCGGUAAAGACUACCGAUUCACAGCUGAGACCAAGGCGGAGUUUGCUGUCUCCGUCAUCAAUCGGAAACUUGGUUCCUCCAAAUCCAAAGCAGUUUACAUCGAAGCUGCGAAGGAAGGUGAAGAGCCUAUCAGUUUCGGGGAUGGUGCUUCUCUUGUCAGUUACGGACAUGGUUGGAGGCUUAAGACAGUGACUGAUGAUUCUCAUUUGCCUGGAACUGAGAAAGAGGGCACUUUUCAGAGACAGUUUCCUUCUGGGUUAUCAACGGGUUCCAAAUAUUCAAAGCCUGCAAAAGCUAUGAAAGCAGAAGUUGAAGGAGAUCAAAGUCUGAAAUACAUUGGGAGGAUAAUGUUCGCAUUUGUUUUGAUGUUUAUACUUGGUGGCCUCUUCACCGUAGCUCUUGAGAACCUUCCUAGACUGAUAGUACUCUUUAACAAUCCUUCCAUGUAACAAUCGAUACUUUUCCAAGCACAAUGACAAUUUGGGAUGUUAUAGUAGUUAAGGCUGUUAUUUAUUUUCUACCUACCCAUUUAUAGUACAUCCCGUGAAGAGCCCAUCAGUUUUGGGAAUGAUGUUUAUCUUGUGAAUUAUGGACAUGGUUGUAAUCUUAAUACAGUGACAAAUGAUUCUGAUCUGCUUGG